ACCAGAAAUCGUGCGCUGUACACACAGUAAUGGAGCAAGGGAGGAAGAUUUAUAUAUCUAUCGUUCUUUAUCCAGACCAGUGACAUUGGGAAAAUAAUCUAUUCUUUUCACAGGAGCCCUGGCCAAGAAGAGGUGGCAUGAUGUCGUCAGACAGGGAUAAAGGGACAGUGUACGACAACUUCCAGCUCAGGAACCAAUGGGAGAACAGAGCUAAGCAGUUCAGUCAGAAGGGACAACUGGAAAAGGAGAGACAAGGAAAGAGUGCCUUGAAUGGGCUCUACAAAAAGUGGCAGUCUCGCCUGGCGAACAAAAAUGGAACCCCUACGGCAGCGGAGAAGAAAGGAAAGGGCAGCAACAUAUCUGACUUCAGAAAGGUUGCGGUGAUCCCAGACAUUGAUGCUGACAUCGAAAGAGCCAUGUUUAAGGUGGUACCACCACCAAAGAUUCCCAAACCUGCUCCGUCCCCACCACCACCCAAAAAGAAACCACCCAAGAGGGCAAAGCCCCAAGUUCUCAAACCAGCCGGAGGCUGGGAUGAGUCAUGGAAGAGCCUGAAGCCCCCAGAGCAGGAAGUCCAACCUGAGGAAAAAUGGUGGAGGGAUUUGAAGCCAGAUAGAUUCCUACCUCUCAGCGAAUGGGCAAGGCCCUUCAAGUGUCGACCACUGUUAUUCAGUUACAUCCUUCACCAGCAAACAGAGUGGUGGCAGCGAGGAUGGCCAGUGUUCAGCUGGGAACAAAGCAACAAACUAUUGAAAGCUAAGCCUUUGGAUGUCGAGGUAAACCUUCUAGGGUGGGAGGACGCUUGGAAGACAUCCAAAUCUUUAUCCAAGCGACACAUUGAGAACCAGAUGAUUACAGAAACAGUACAGCUCAAAGCCUUCUUCCCAGGCUGGACAGAAUCGUGGAAGGUCGCAGGUGAAAAUGUCCAAAACAGUGGCCGAUAUCUGAGGGAUUGGCACGAGUCCUGGAGUUUGUGCCAAGAACACCACUGGUACAAGGCCACCAUAGACUCCCAGUUGAUUUCAAAACAUGUGUUGUCCGAUGUGUUGUUGAUCUCCCAGCUUGAUGAGGAUAUCCCAUCUUCAUCAGAUUGGAUAGAGUCCUGGAAAUCUGUGAAAUCUCAGCCCCAGUACCAAGAGUCCCAGUCAGAGCCCAAAGGGACUGAAUUAAAGGUAGAAAUGUCCCAUGUGCCACUGCAUUUCCAGUUCCACAAGCUUAACACACCUUUCUCAAACUGGCACGAGUCUUGGAAAGUGUCAACUGCAAAUAAUGAAGCAAUUGAAGAUGGAUGGAAAGGUUCCUGGAAGAUAUGUAGUCAGCAUCAAAAUGACACAAAUGCCCAAAGAGAUGUUGUGUUUUUCUCAAAUAAGUACAAGACCCAAAGGUUCCGGGGUGUUGAAAGCAUGCCUCAGAGUGAAUGGUCUAAAUCCUGGAAGACCCCCAUGCCUCCCCAACAUACUUUCUUGCCAGAAUCAUGGAGGUUCAAGCCAGAGGAUGAGAGCCCCACCUCACCCAAGACGGCACAGCCCCUAGCCCCAAAACCAGAGGAGGAGAUGCUGAAAGCCAGCACACCAUCACAUCCUCAGCCUUACAAAUACAAUCUUAACCAGCUUAACCAGGGCACAGAGCCUCUCAUACACAACAGCCCCAAACACCACAUGCAACUCCACGAGGUUGAACUGCCCCAGGCAGAAUGGAGCAACUCCUGGCAGUACCUCAAGUCACACACUCUGGAUCCUAACACGAAGAAGGAAACAGACAUACAGUAG